AUGGCAAAGGAUAAGAAAGCCAAGAAAGCAGAGCAAAAGGCCCGCACCGCGGCGAAACAGGCCAAAAAAGCGGCCCAGAAAGAAAAGAAGUCCAAAACAAAGGCUGGCACGCAGGAUGACAGUGACGCUGAAGACGUUGAUCUGGACGCUGUCCUGGCCGCUUAUGCUGAGGAGCAGGCCAAAUUUCUCAAGGUCACGGAAUCGAGUAGCGAACCGCCAACCCCGCGCUCGUCAGCAACCCUUGUUGCGUCUCCGUCAAACCGGAAUGAACUUUUCAUUUUUGGUGGCGAGUUUUAUGACGGAACACUGGCUACCUUUUUCAACAACUUAUAUGUUUACUUGAUCGAUAAAAAUGAAUGGCGGGAGGUGACGAGUCCCAACAGCCCCUUGCCUAGGAGUGGACAUGCUUGGUGCCGUGGAGGGAAUGCUGGAGGCAUAUACCUCUUUGGAGGAGAAUUCUCCUCUCCCAAACAGGGGACUUUUUAUCAUUACAACGAUUUUUGGCAUUUAGAUCCUUCUGCCCGUGAAUGGACUCGUCUUGAGACCAAAAGUAAGGGUCCUCCGGCGCGAAGUGGGCAUAGAAUGACCUAUUUUAAAAAUUAUAUUAUUUUAUUUGGCGGGUUUCAAGAUACUUCGCAGCAGACAAAGUAUCUUCAGGAUCUUUGGAUAUAUGAUUGCCAAAAGUAUACGUGGUAUAAUCCGACUCUGCCACCUGCAUCACAAAAGCCCGAUGCACGCUCUUCUUUCACUUUGCUUCCCCACGAGUCGGGUGCCGUGCUGUAUGGUGGGUAUUCUAGAGUUAAAAUGUCAGUUACGGCUGGAAAGGGCCAAAAGGGUGGCGGAUCCCAGCGUAUGGCAUUGAAGCCAAUGGUCCACCAAGAUACAUGGUUUUUGCGUAUCACACCUCCCGCUGCGGACGCUCCGGCUAAUCAACCGCCAACCGUUCGAUGGGAACGCAGAAAACGCCCGGCAAAUCCCCCCAAUCCCCCACGGGCAGGAGUGACUAUGACGUAUCACAAAGGCCGAGGGAUCUUAUUUGGUGGUGUCCAUGAUGUUGAAAAGACUGAAGAAGGUAUUGAGAGCGAAUUCUUCGAUUCUCUUUAUGCCUGGAACAUAGAACGCAACCGUUUCUUUCAGCUAUCCCUCCGAAAACCGAGGGCCGGAAAUAAGAAGCAGCAACCUACUUCACAGGCAGCAAAAUCGCGAAAUCGAAGCAAAGCAGACGAAGAAGAGCUUCUCCGCAAUUUGGCACGUUUAGAAGCGAAAGGGAGCUUAUCACGAGAGGAUAGUACGGAUAUGGAGAUCCACCCCAUGAUUAAAGAGGAUGAGGAGACGGAUACAAAGCAACCGCUACCUGUCAAAUUUGAAAUGCCACACCCGAGAUUUAAUGCGCAGCUUGCAGUGCAGGAAGACACACUAUUUAUAUAUGGUGGAACCUUCGAGCGCAAGGACCAAGAAUUCACGUUUAACGACAUUUAUUCAAUUGACCUGAUGAAGCUAGAUGGAGUGAAAGAGAUCGUCUAUCAAGAACCCGAUCACUGGAAUGACCUCGCUGAAGCCGAAAGUGACGAAGAGAUGGAAGGGGAUGAAUCUGAAGAAAGUGAAGACGAGGAUGCAGAAAUGGAAUCUGUGGAGAGCCUAUAUACGCCUCCGACGGAGAUCGAUGUGUCGACCCUUGAAGGUACUGGGGCUGACCAGGAGCCAGCUGAGUCCAAAUCACAAGAUUCACGUCCUCAUCCAAGGCCCUUCGAAAGCCUGCGCGAAUUUUUCAAUAGGACUUCGACAGAAUGGCAAGAUAUUCUGAUGUCUAAGCUCAAGGAUAGCACUUUAACGAUAGAAAAGACCAUAAAGGAGCUAAGGAAAGAUGCAUUUGAUCUGGCCGAGGAUAAAUGGUGGGAUUGUAGAGAGGAGAUCACAGCUUUGGAAGAUGAGCAGGAAGCAGCUGGUAUCGGCGAAGUGGUUAGCAUGUCAGAAAGAGGGGAUAUGGCAUCCGCAGGUAGGAGGAGAUGA